AAAGUACAAUCUCUACAGAUAGUGCGCGUACGUGCUCGAAGCGCUGGCUUCGCCCUAUGCUAAAUUAAUAAAAACUUUGUGAUUUGUUUGUUGAUAUUAACCCAAAGUCGGAUAUUAGGGUGUAAAAUGAAUGUGCAACGUGUCUUUAGUGCAUUGGGCCAUGUCCCGAAAGUGGCACGCUGGAGAAAAAAGGGAGAUUAACCUCAUUUCGGACAACUAAAGAAGGCAACACAAGUAGGCCUCGUCGUUUCUGUUUGUCACAAGUAUGGUGAACAGCGGUACUUUCGACACGAACGCUAUCGGGCAAGGGGAUAGAAAUGCUAAAGUCAACCGUGCGUAUUCAGACGUCGAAGUUUCUCCAGAAUGCGUUAACUCGACAAACGAUGGAGACGUCUCCGCUUCUGCGCAUUCUAAUGACGAAUCGACGCCGGACGAUGAGACGUCGAAUAAAAAUCUUGUGGCGGACGACGAUGUUGGAACGAUAUCCGACGAGGAGAAAGGUACUUUGUGUUGUAGCGUCCCUCUCGACAAGGUCCAGGGUGUUUUAACGCCUUUCAGUACCCCCAAAGUCGACGAUCAGAAACCUACUAGGAAAUUAUUAGAUUUAAAACGGAAGGAUGUCGUAAGGAUGACUUUUCUGUGUUUGUAUUGCGAGAGAUCCUUUGCCAGUGCUAAUCUCCGUCAAAAACACGUCGAACGUAUACAUUCUAUCAAGAAGAACCGCCGUCUUAGUUCCAGAAAACAAAAUCAAAUGACAGUGACCCCGUGCUUCUACUGCGAGAAAUUAAAUACGACAGAAAACACUCUGAAAGAUCUCUUCCAACAUCUCGUUAACGAACACUCCGACAAAUAUUUCGGAUGUCUUCAGUGUGAAGAAAGGUUCUUCACAAAUUCGUUGUUGUCUGAUCACAAUACGUUACAGCAUCCCAUCGCACAGAGUCUUCCCGAGAAAAUUCGAGCAAAGGAUGCUCCUAUCGAAGACGCUACUCUAGACAAUGAAGUAACAGUCAAAUUAACCAGAAGCAAAACCAAACCAAAGACAGAGUCAACGGAAAACUCCGAACCGACGAAAACGGCAAUUAGAAGCAAAAACGCGAAACUUAAAGAUUUGAGAAGCAAAAAACUAACGGUCAAGUCUUCGCGGAUAGCGCUAAACAGGAGGGAAAGUAAAAGACUUCAGGCCAUAAGUGAUGCUCAGAAGAAAAAGAGACAAAAACCCGUAGAGAGAGGAAAACAGACGACGGUUAACAAAACGGAACCGGCGCCGGAAAAAUCGAGUUGUAUCAACCCUUACCCGGAAUUUGAUCACUUUUACCGCGUCAAAAAAAUCACAGAUCAUUCCAUAGACAAUUUAAAAAUAAGUUCUUUAACGUUCGACGACGUUUUCGAUAAGACAUUCUUCAAUAGAAUUAAGUGCAAUAUCGAGGAAAAUUUAUUACAUCAUAUUGAUGGGAAAUUAUUCAAAAAUGAAGAAUCCGAAAACAGGAUUUCGAAUUUCGAAAAAGUGUCGACCGUUCAUCAGGAAAUUCAAAAUUCUGCCGUCGAGAAUUUCGGUUGCGAAUUAACGUUAAACGCGGUAACGCCGGUCGCUUCGUUGUCGCUCAACUCUCAAUACGGAGAGGAUUUUGAAUCUCAAAUCGAAUACGGGGCUAAACCUUCGAAAAAAAAAGCCCAGACAAAGAAAGACGAAGUACACUACAAGUAUUUCACCAGAAGAAAAUUUCAGGCCAGUAUUUUGGAGCAAACUGAAAAUAGAGAUCUCAGUAAACUCGAUAUGUGGACGCAAUUGGUAAUUAAAAAACGUCAACAAAAAAUUAUCGACGAUAAGAAAACUGCGAAGGAAAUUCAGGAAUACACCACAUGCGAUGAGUAUAAAAAUAAAAUUCGCCGAGAGGAGUUGAACAGAAUUCUAGACAGAAGAGGGCCUUUUGAGGACUUGCGAGAAGAGGCUAGUAAGAAAGCAGCUCUGGAUAAGUUAAAUUCAGAUUCCGAAGAUAGUAUUAGUCAUGAAAGUUUCACGGAAGUCCGAGAAGUGUUGAAUGAAAUUUUAAAUAGGGUAUUCAAUAUGACUGAGAAAAUAGAGGAACGUGAUGACGAUCAAGUAACCAUGAUAGCAAGUAGUCAAACAAAUGAACCCGAUCUCAGAGAAAUUCCCAGCUUUUUAAAUUUACGUCGAAAAUCGUCGUUACCAAAUGACGGAGAAAUAGACCAAUCAGAUAAAAUUACUUUGAUCUGUUCAUCACAAGAAACCGAAAACUUUGAAUUGCCUACUAAUCCAACGCGCGGAAAGGACGAACUCAUAGAGUUGUCAGGAGAAUGGGCUCGAUGUCGAAUGUAUAUAUGUGCAGCUUGUGGUGCAAAACUUCCAAAUAUGAGAUAUCUUCUGGAUCAUAAAACGAUCUACCACCAGAAUGUUUGGGUGCAGCAUUACGAAUUCGUCGGAAAUCAAAGUGAACUGUAUAGACAUUUGAGUAUUCCGGCAUUAGGUAAAGUCGGUUUUAUAGAAAACAAUGUGCAGUGUAAAUCGUGGAAACGAAGUGACGCUCGAACAUGUACUAAGUGCAAAAAACAGUGUAACACUUUAGGGGAAUUACACAGGCAUAUUUUAGAGUGUGGAGGUGAUUGGACUUGGAUGUUGGCAAGAAAAAAGUGCAAAUAUAGAUAUGGAGCCAAAUCUAGAAGAAAACGAAGAGGUUUGGUAGUAAGAAUGCACCAUCAUAAAAGAAAGACUGAUUCCACUGAGAAGAAAAAGUACAAGUAUGAUGGUCCCAGACAAAGACCAAGCGAUGCGGAAACUAUUCAACGGAUGUUGGCGAAUUUACCAGCAAAACGCUCCACAAGAAAGCUGAUAUCUCUCUAUGAUGGAGUACGUCGAAAGCAAAAAAAUAAAGAACUGGAAAAAACGAAACAGAAGAAAGUCAAAUGUGGUAAAGUGAUAUACAGCAAAAGUAGCAAUAUUAAAGAAACAACUGAAAAAACUAUCAAUACCCAAAAAUCUAACCAAACUUCCAAUAUUAGAUCUAUGCGUAGCUUAAAUAGGGUAUUAUCUAGUAAGAUUUUAGAUACGACAACCACACUUUCCGUAAAAAGAAAGUUGAAAGUUUUAAAUGAAAGGAGGAGGACUAGACAGUCAGUAUUAGCGGAAAAUAUUGAUAAAAAUGAACAUUACAAAAAGGAUUCGGAGAAGCCUUCUUCUAGUCCUCAAACUAGAAAAAAAUUGGAAAAGACGGAAAUUAACAAUGAUGAUACAGCUGUCAAGAAGACACCCCCUAGAAGCACGAAACUUGCCAGAAAACUGGCAGUUAAGAAACUUUUAACGGGGAACAUUAAUAUAAAAUCGUUCUUUCCUGUAAAGAAAAGAAAAAAUAAAAAAGAAUCCAAACAAGAAGCUACACCAAAUGUUGAUAUCAAAACUAGAAGUAAAACAAGAACAAGUGAACCGGAAGAUGAUAAUAACGAUGAUGUUGACCAACCUAAAACGAAGAAAAAUAACAAGUUGAAUAAUAUUGUUAGUAUAAACAAGAAAAAGACCUCUAAAAAAGCUAGUCAAGAAGUUGCUCAAAAGUACGAACAAGAACUCUCUAAAAAACCCGCAAAUAAAGAAUUAGAUUUAAAUAAAAGAAAAAGAAAUCUCAAACAAAGCUUCAGAAACGUUAUUAAUAGAGUGAAGAGACUGAAAAUUGAUAAUGCAUCAGAAAAAGUACAAACUGAUAAUAAUAAAUCUCCACUUUCGAAAAGUCCUUUUUUAGACGAACCAAAACAAGAAAAAGAUCCAGUGAAGAUAGUGAUUCCUUCUACCAUGGAAGCAAAAGAAAAUAUAGCUGACAUAUCAGAAACUGCCCAUACUGUGAUAACAUUUAAUGAAACUAAUGAAGACUCUCCAGUUCCUGAAAAUAUUUUCAAGCUCGAUUCCAAUAACGAGAAAAAUUUACAAGCUAAAGGAGAACCCAAUUUUGAUUCUCAUCCUUUUAGUGUAAUCAAUACAGAUACUACCGUGACUGAACUUGUGAAUUUACCUGCAUCGGAAGAUCCAAACAAGUUACAACCUAUAUCGAUAGAAACUUCGGUAAAACCUAAAACUCUCCCAAUGAUCUCACCUAAUUUAAAAGGAAAAAUCAGAAAACCUGCUAGGGGCUUAAACGAUUGUAUAGCUAUGUUGACGAGCAAACUGCAACAAAAAUCAUGUGAAAAUGUUUCACAGCCGAAACAAACAUUAUCGCCUGCUAUUAAAUGUCCAAAAACAGUUACUGACCCUUCGCCACCAAAAACAGAAUGUAUUCUUAAAAUUCCCACAUUUAAAACGCAAAAUGAAACGUGCGAAGAAGUCGCUUUAGAUCUCAGUAUAAAACCAAGAGACAAAGUUACGACCGAUGUUCAAAAAUCCUUACCUGCCAAGUCAAACGAAUCACCUUGGCAAUUCAAUAGAUUAACAUCUGUAGAGAGAAUUAUUGAGAAUGUGGUAAAUAAUAAACUCCAGGAACCACAAAAAGUCAAAUUACCUACUCCAUACCUGUUCAAUUCAAUAGAUCGCACAAUUCAGAAUGUUAUAGACGGUCAUCUUAAACAGCAAAAUAUGCAAACUAGAACUACAGUAGACGAUAUUAUAGAUUAUGUUGUUAAUAUUGAUAAAUCAAAAAUUGUAUCAAAUCAAAUUGUAGAUGUAAAUAAUCUGCUUUCAUCUUUGAAGCAAAAAGGGAAAUGUAAUCCAAAUAUAACAUCAGUUAUUGAACAAAUGAAAACUCAGGCUGGAGAAGAUGCUGAAGGUGUAAAAGUAUCUGAUUUGAAAACCAUCAUAGAAACAGAAUUGACAAACAAAAUAACUAUUCCUAAAGAAAAAGUAACUAAAAAGGCUGGACAAGUAAUAAAGAGUAGAUCUAAACGGAAAUUGGAUCAUGAAAAGUUGUUACCAGAGACUCGCAUAGAUGAAAUAUUUGAAACUAAAGAAACUGUAAAUACACUAAAAGUGCCAAUCGAAUCAAAAGAUAUGAAUAAAAUUCCUAUCGAAGAUGAACCUUGUUUUUUGGAAAAUAAGACUGUUAGUGAUAACGUUCUUCCUACAGCAAGUCUAAGUGAAACUCUCAAAAACGAAGAAACAAUCGACGAAACUAGAAAUUCUGUUAACAAACAAAAUCUUAGGAAUUUCAGGAAACAAAACAAGACUAUAAAAAUUCCUGAAACAAAUCUAAAUGAAGUUCAGAAAUUUUCAGUUAGUAAUGAAACAUUGAAUUUAAAUAACGUUGAAAAGAAAACUUUAGUUUCUUCCAUUGGAAACGUCGAUAUAAUUGGAGACAAAAUUCCUCCAGUAACAACUAAGACCAAAAAUAACGAUAUAAAAAGAGAAGACAUUAAAAAUGUAGAGAUAUUUAAAAAAGAAUCGUUUGAUAUUGUAAAUGUUGUUUCAACAGAUAGUUUAGAUAAAAAUACAAUAGGCGAAAAUAGUACCAUAUUGAAAACCAUGGAAAAGGAACAGAAAACUAGAAAAAUACCGCCUGCAAAUAAUGAAUCUAAGAAUUUAGUUCAUUUAACACAUGAGGCAGCAGCUGGUGUAGAAAUUUUAGACAAAGAAACUAUCAAUGAUGCAAACAAAAUAAAAUCCAAUCAAGAAGUAGAAGAUGGUGACAUUGAGGCACAAAUAGAAAUAACAAUUAUAGGUAAAUGUGCAGCAGAUAAUAAAGAUACCAUUGGUGAUGAUGAAUUUGACAUGUUACCUAAUGGUAUUAACAAAAAACAAAUAAGACGUUUUAAGAAAAAAGAUAAAAAUCAAAACAAAAAAAUCAAUAAUGAGGUUUCUACUUCGAUUCUAGAGCCCUCAAUAUCAGAUAAUAUACAAAAAGAAACACCACAAUUUAAUCAAAAAGAAUCUGAGAUUACUGAAACUAUAACUGAAAUCAUACCAAAAAAAAGAGGUAGAAAACCAAAAAAAAUAAGACAGCAAAAACAGAAAAACCAAACAAUAUUACCCGAUGAGGAAUUAUCUGAUAUUUUAAUAAAAAAAGAUAGCGAAGAAAAUUCAUUGUCAUCUGAAAAGUUUAUUAACAAUGAAAAUAUUCUCAAAGCAACACCAGUUGUAGAAGAUACUCGGCCUGAAUUAUCUAAAGAAACAAAAUUAGAUUCACUUGUAUUAGAAACAAAACUAAAAGAUGAUGAAAACAUAUUCUCUAAAGCACAACUAGACAGCUCCAGUAAUGAUUCCGACCAAAUAACCGAUAGGAAACCAAGAAAGGGAACAAAAAGAGAAAAUGUAAAUCACACAAAAGAUAGUGCAGAUUCAUCUAGUGAAACAAUUAAUGAACAUUUGCAAGAGCCAAUCGUUUUAGAAUCGCGUCUAAAAAGCCAAACCAAACGGCCAAUUUCACCAAGAAAGUCUAAAAUUAAAAAAGAUGUCAACUCUGAAGAUAUUAAAGCAGAACAGAUGUCUAAAACUGAUGAAACUAAAGAUUUAUUAGAAGAAUAUGAUUCAACUCCUGUUAUGCUUACAAGAUCAAAAUCUCCUAAAAAAUUGACUAAUAAAUUACAGGAGCUUGACAGCGUUGUCCAGGAGCUACAUAAAGAGAUUAAUGAAGAUAAUACAAUUACCACAACUGAUACCAAUACAAAACAUAAUACCCUAUGUAAGGAUUUAUCAAUCGAAAUCAAUUUGGAAGGAACAAAUAGCAAAAAUAAUAUUAAUAGUUUAAUUGAAUUUGGUUGUAACAAAUCGGAUGAUACCGAAGCUACAAAGAAAGAAAUAAAAACGCCAUCCAAGAGAGGUAGAAAGAAGGCAAUUAACACAGUAGAUGAACUAAAUUUAGAUAAAAUAGGUGAAAUCAACAAUUUAUCGCAUCCGGAUUCUUCAAAAGAUAAAUUAGAAACCAAAGUGAGUAAUUUAGAAGGAAAAACAAAACCUCCAAUAACAGAAUCAGAUAUAUGUCUUAAGAAUAACGAAAAUUUGAAUUAUGGAAAAGAAACAAACUCAUCUCUCGACAACCUACCAGAAUUGAUGUAUAAUACUAAGAUUGAUACUUUAGAAACAAAAAACCUUGUUCAACAAGAAACUAUUGUUAAACCCAAAGGUAAAAAACGAGGUAGGAAACCGAAGUCUCUAAAGAUGUCUGUAAAUAAUUUGAAUGCAGAAAAAUUGGUCGAUGCUUUAGAAAUCACCAAAGAAUUACAAAUCGUACCACAAAAUGAAGAUUUGAAAAUCAAAUUAACCAAACGUAAACGGGGGAGAAAGCCUAAAGCUUUAAAACAGGACACUCUGAAUGUACAAGAUCCUUCUUUAGUUGUACCUAAUGAUGCACAUGAGGUUUUAGUUUCGGGAUAUUUAGAAACUGACAUUAAUAAUAAGGAACUUGUUUCUGAAACUAUUACAGCAAUUGUAAAUGAUGGUGUAGAAGAUUUUCCCACACCAGAGCAAUCAGAAGACAGUCACUUGAAUGAACCAAUUAAAACAUUGGAUUUACAAAAGAAAAUAUCUACUGAAAACAAUGUUUCUAAACCAUUUGAAGAUAUAGUGUUUUCUCAACAGCUUAAAAAUCUAUCGGUAACUUUGGAAAACUUCAUUCCUGAACAAAUAACUUCCAACAGAUUGUCAGAACAAUUCAUAAAGGAAGCAAUAAAAAGAUCAGCAUAUGUUGAAAGAACUUCAUACAAUUCAAAAGAAAAAUUAACUGAGAAAGAAGGAGUUAGCUUAGAAAAUAAUAUUGUUGAAGAUAAACUUCCUGAUCAAUCACUUAAACCGGUAUUAAAAGUGAAAAUAUCACCAAUAUCUGACGUAGAUCAAAACGAUGAUGGUCCACUUUUGGAAGAAAAUAAGAGCAUUAAAACAACAAGAGUGCCAAAGUCUCCAAAGAAAUUAUUAAUAUCUUUAAAUGCAAGUAUUGAAACGGUUAAUAAAAAUGAAUAUUCAAAUAAUUUGGAAGUAAACUGCAUUGAAACAACCAGUAUAAAAGAAAAUGAUUUAGUUAAAAAGUCAAAGUCUUCCAAAAAAUCAAUUGAAACUGCAGAUUCUUUCGUAUCCGAGAAGAUUGAAAAUAUACUCGUUGAAAGAGAUGAUUUAGAUAGUCCUAGACAAACUAAAUCGUUAAAGAAAUCAACAAAAGUGAAAGAAACUACAGAUACUACAGCGAAUAAUAAUCUGCAACUUUUACAAUUUCCAGAAUUAGAUAAGACAAAGUCCCUAUCAGGAGAUGAUGUAACUGUAGUUACACAUUACAAAGAUGAUUCUACUAUAAGCAUACUUAGCGUAGAAGGAGAAAGACGAUUAAGAUCGCCAAGAAAAUCGAAAAUUCUAUCUAAUUCAAUGGAAAAAUUGAAUGCUGAUAGUGGCUUCGAUAAUCAAAGACUGACACCUAGAAGAAAAUUAUCCAAAUCACUAAAAAAUAUUUCAACAAAUAUGGAAACUAAACAAUCGGAUUUAAUAGACCAGAUGGUCAAGGCAUCUGGUCGUUCUAAAAUGGUAAUCGAAUCUGAGUUCAUUCAGAAUGAUUCAUCAAAAAAUGUUUUGUGCAAUUUAAGAAGAACUAGAUCAUCUACUAAUAUAUUAAUGUCUUCAAAUGAAUCUAUAUCAAAAUUAAACGAUACUUUAGAUGCUGAAGUAUGCAAUAUAUUGUCACAGUCUGAAUUUAAUUCACCCGAUCUUAAAUCAAACAGGUCUAAAAGUAGAUCAUCAUCUUUGAGAAAGAGUUUUGACAGCCCAUCCAUGACUGAAGUUAGUGAACCAGAAUCUGUUAGUCCAAAUAAUAGAAUUAAGAGACUCGGUAGGAGAUGCAAAAAGUAUUUUACAUCUGAAGAAUCUAUAGAUAAACUAGACUUGGCAGAAAAUAAAUCAUCGACUGAAAUAAAAAUUAUAAAAUCAACACUUUUCGCAUCCGGAGAAUCCUUAAAUAAACGAGAUGUGGAAACAAAGUCUGCACCACUUUUUAAUUCCUCAGAUGUAGAUUUUGUCAAACCUAUAACUGGUAGAAAAUCUAACAAUUCAAAACUUGUUACAAAUGAAGAAUCUUUUAAAUGCCCAGAUUUUGGAAAUGUAGAUUUAAACAAACAUUUACCAGACAGAAAAUGUAAUAAUUCUAAGCUUUCUGCUUCAGAGGAAUAUUUAGAUAAAUUAGAAAGUGAAGAAAUGAAUUCUAAUUCAGAUGUAGAUUUCCUUAAACUUCUAACUAACAAAAAAUCUAAAAAUGAUAAUUUAUCAAAAAUAGAUGUUGUAAACAUAAGUGAAAAUAUCGAUUCGGACUCCAACCAGUUACAUUUAAAUCAAAGGGAUGUCAACUCUAACAACAGCUCACAAUUAAACUAUUCUCUUCAAAGUUCAGAAACAGAUACAUCAGAUGUUAAAGUACUGGAAGAAAAAAUUCGGAAUGCUAUUAGACAAAGUCUCAUGUCAUCUAUUAAUACACCUGAUUCCCAUAUUGAAUCUAGUGACAUUCCUAAUUCAGAUACUAAACAAUAUGAUGAUCAUAAAAUAUCAGAAGUAAACGAGAUUAGAGUUAAUUCGUCGGAUUUUAAUACCUAUUCCAUUGAGCAAGAAAUGGAAAAACCUAAAAAAAUCAAGAAAUUAUUCAUCAAUAAUAAUAAUACCUUAGAAGGUAUUGAUAAUGGUAGUUCUAGUAGAUCUCUUAGGAAGAAGUCUGUUAUAAAUUAUGCAGAACAGGAAGAAACCAAAGAAUUGAUAGAAGACGAUGGUAUUAAUAAUAAUAACAACAAUGAGUGUAAAGAUUCUCAAACUUCGGAAACUAAAAUAACCGAUACAAGCAACAAUAAAAAUAUUUCACAUGGAUUAGAAGAAAAUCAAAUAGAUGAAGUAAAAGAUAAUCAUAUAGUUGAAGAACAACAUUCAAUAAGUGUUGAUGAAAGUGAAAAUUAUAUUCUAAAAGAAAAUUUAUCCAAAAAUUCUUUAUUAACAACAAAUAACGGUGUUAAUAAAAAUAGAACCAAGCUGAAAGCUAAAAAGGGAAGGAAGAAGAUUCUCAAAAAUAAACUAACAAUCGAAGCAAAUAUAGAAGACAAAAUAGAGUCUAAAAACGACAAUGUCUCAUUAAUUGCAGAAAAUGUUAUUGUAAGUACCGAUGAUGCGGCGUUUUUAACAACCAUACCACCACUCGCAGACACUUCGGAAGAAAAAGAACCACCAAUAAAAAUAAUAAUCAAUAAACAAAAGGCAAGAAGAAAAUCUAAGAAUAUUAAAAAAGUGGGAGAAAAAGGUCACAACGAUUUAUUUGAAGAUUUCUCAUUAGUGAUUAAGAAAAAAAGAAUUAUAACUUUUUCACCACCAGAUACCUUCUCCAAAGAAGAUACAUAUCCUAUGGAAACGCAUCAAGUUUCAAAAUCUCCAGUAGAAAUAUCAGACAAAGAUUGUUUGAAUGAUUCUGUACAAGAAAUGGACAUGGAACUUGACGAAAUUCCUAUAGAAACCAGUAUAAUUGAAACACCCAAACUAGAUCUUACUUUACAUAAUAAUUAUGAUACCAAAGACGUGAUGUCCUUACAAGUAGAGGAAAGAUUUUCAAAUUCUAUCCCAAUAUUAUUUCAAAGUCCAAAAACUAUCGGUAGAAAGAAAAAAUCCAAAAGAAAUUCCGAGGAAAAUGUAUUGAACCAGCAAGAUGAUUUAGAAGAUACAACUAUAUCAGAAUUUAAAUUACCUUUACUAAAGAUAAGUACGAAAUUAAAUAAGGCCGAACAAAUUUACGAAAAAGACAGAAUACUCCCAGAUAUUAUUAACAGUACUCAAUUGAACACGAACGAAGAAGAAACAGAAAAGUUUGAGACUAAUUUAGAAUUUGAUGAAUCUGUCAAAAUCAGUAACGAAACAACACUAAACUUUGUCGAACCUGUUGUAAUACGUAGAUUAAAAAAAAUAAAGAAGAAAAAAAUUAAAAAUCACAUUUCUGUAGAAAAAAGUAACCAAGAAGACAAUAUUAUUACAAAUAACGAAGAAAAUAAUUUAGAUAAAGAAGUUGAUGAUUUAGAGAUACCUUCAAGCGACAAUUUGAAACAAGUUUUAUCAAAUCCGUUUGAGGAGAAAGAGCCGAGACCUGAACCACCUGUACUUGGAGAAUUAAAUAAAACAACUGUUGAUGAAGAGAAGGAAGUUGAAAAAUAUGUCGAAGAUGAAAUUCCCAAUCAAUUUGUUAUAAACGAAUCUGAAACAACCACAACAAAAGUAUCUAAAAAGGGAAAGAAAAAAGGGGGUAGGAGAAAAUCACGUUCUAAAAUUUCCUCCUUUGAUAAAUAUGAUACAGAUAUUACUGACGCUGCAAAUGAUAUUUUUAAAGACAUGGAAUCAAACAACGAUGAUACUGACGUUGAUAAUUCAAAGUUAGAAGACGACGUUACAAAAUCAUUGAAAAAUGCAAUACCUUGUUACAUGAAACUUGAUGAUGUAACUAGAGAAGAAAUAGAUAACAUAUACGCAUUUUCAGAAACCGAAGAUUUCGAAUUGGAAAAACCAAUUGAAUUACCUCGUAGGUUACCUAGGAAGAACGACUCCGUGGAAAAAUUAAAAGAUCAAGAACAUGUUCCAAUAAAAGACAGUAUAAAAAGAAAACAAAGACCGAAAAUUAAAGAAAGUGUCUGUGAAAAUUCAGAAAAAGACCAAUAUCUUAACGGUGAAGUGAAAGAAGAUGCAGUUGUGGAUAGUUUUACACUUCCAAUAUUAUCAGUCAGUGAUGUGGUUCCUGUGGAAGUGGAAAAAGAGAUUAAAGAUGGUGUAACAGAUGUCGAUGUAUCUGGAGGUAGAAAGAGUAUGAGAACAGCAAAAGUAAAGGCGUUAGAACAUAUCCACGAUGAAGCUUUAGCAGAGCUCACCGACGUGGAUAUCAAUAAAAAGUCGAUAAAAGAUACGAAAAAUUUGGAUAACAUAAAUAAAAAGACAAGGAACAAAAAGAAAAAUGAAAAACCAAACAACGAUUUUGAUUUCCAGAGGAAAGUUCUCAAUACUGAAACACCUUUAUUGGAAGAUCUAGUAGCCGAACUGAAUGGGUUUGAAGAAUUAGAUAAUAGUAUAGAAAGAGAACUGCGCGCGGAAAUGACUCGGGAAGAAUUAGAAAAAGAAUCCAAAGUAAUACAAAAUAAAGUUGACGAAAUGUUAGCGAACCAACUAGUUGAGGAAGGGUUAGAAACGACUGAAGAGAAUCAAGAACUGAGGAGAAGUAGGAGAGGAUCUCGUAAAGUUGCUUCUUACAAUGAAAACGACCUUAUAGAUCCACUAAUCGAUGCUAUUGAGAGUAAACGAAAAGGGAGAAAGAAAGAUGAUAAAUCUAUUGGUGACACAAAACAAAAAAAAGGAAGAGAAUCUGACAGGAAACUCAAUAGUGACGAACUGUUUGAUCUUCUUAAAGCUUCCACUAACGAUAAUAUUUACGUGCCAAAACAACAAAAUUCUUUCCUGUCUAAUAUCGAGGAUUCUUCAAGAGAUGUAAAUGACGAAAAUUUUGACAAUAUGUUUGAAAAUAUGUUGGAAAAAUCCGCAUUCUUAACCGAGGAAAAGUUUAUAUCGAGAUGUAAAAACGACAUUGGAAAGAUUUAUGAUUUUACUAAAAAUGAUUCAUUAAUUGAAGACGAAAUUAAUGGUGUAAAGAAAUUUAGAAAGAUCCCUGUCGAGAUUGAACCGAUAUUCACAAAUCACGAUUCUAAUUCGGAAAGUAAAUCGAAGAGUGAUAGCUUUGAAUCUAAUUAUUGUGAAAUAUGCCAUAAAUCUUUUGUGAAAUUAGAGAAUCUGAUUAAACAUAGAAGAACAUUAACGCACAUACAGAAAUUAUCAGAGUUGGAAGCAAGAGAAGCUGAAAAAUCAAAAAUUAUCAGUAGACAUGAAGAUGAGAAUAGUAGAGAAUCUGUUAUCGAACCGCCGUCGCUAAUACAAUCGUCAGAAGAAAUCGAAAAGGCUAACGAAUUGAAAAAUAACGAACUGGAAAUUAAAUCGCCGAAUCAGACCUUCUCAACAAAUAGUUCUUUGAAAUUGGCCGACAUUAUAAAUGAUGUUCUAACAAAACCAGUUUUACCAACUAUCGAAAAAGAACCUAACCAAUUUUCCGAUCUAAUUCUUCAAAAUAACGACACCAAAAGAUACAAAAGCUUGGGCGAACGUAAAAGUUUCGACUCUGAUACUUUAAUUUCCACAGACACGCGUCUCACUGAACCGUUCGAGUCGAAGACUCAAAUUUUAGAAAAACAAAUUAGUUUAUUAGAGAACAUAAUCGAAAAUCAAACAGGUGGAAAUUAUAUUGACGAUAUCUCUUUAUCAUCUGAAAAAUCAGAUAUUCCUUCUGAACCCAGAUCGCCCAGUGUCUCAAAGCCUGCUUCCGAUAACAAUAGUUUCCUUAAACCGGUCCAAUACGAAGAAAUCUCCGAGGAUAGCACUAAUCUUCGCAACUACGAUGAUCCUAAAUUAAGAAAAACUUUAAACAGGGACGAGGAACUCUUUUUGGAAUGUUGCAGUUUGCUGAAAAGUAGCUCGGAAGUUUCUAGUAGUUAUUCAAACAAAAAAAUGCAAGAGAAAGUCGUGGGAGCUUUAGGUUUGAAGCCGAUAGACGAACCUGAAUGGUUAGAGAAGAAGAAUUUCAUACAAAAUCGAGAUUUAGCAGGUAUUGAUGAUUAUUCCAACAAUUCGAGGAUACCGACGCCGUUAGGCGACAGUUACGACGACGACGCUUCCAAUUCCAAUACUAUUUCGUCUAAUUGGGGCAUAGAUCAAUCGCUAGAAGAAAAUCAGGAAGAAGUUAAUGAUGUUAGAUUGACUUUUGAGAACAUCUCUAAAAAUCACAAUGAAAAAUGUGACGACAUUAGAUUCGAGGGAAUUUUAUCUAGUACUAGGUCUGAUCAGGUAUUACCCGAUAACACGAGCUCUCCUAAAACCAGCAACGAUGAGUUUAGUGAUGGGUCGUGUAAUGAAACUAAAAGAAUGAUGACGAAAGGUGCAAGAAAAGUAUUUGAGGGCCUCAAAGUCUCUAUACCCACUGAGGAGUUAAAUCUAGAAGAAGUUCUGAAUUAUAGUCCUAAACAGAAAAAAUCUGAUCAGGUGAUUGAUGUUGUUGUUGAAAUAGAGAAACCACUUAUGUCACCAACUCAAAAAUCUAGAAAUUCCAGAAAAUCGAAACCUGUCAAAAAAGCUCAGGUUGGAAGUAAUUUAUUAUUUAAAGUAUCUAAAAAGAAGCUUCCUUCUCCCAGUAUUCACAACAAAGAAUUUCAAAAAGACGUUUACGAUUUUGAAGAAACUCAGGAUAAUACCGAUGCUUUUAACAAACCAGAUUUCAAAGCUUUCAGAACCUUGAAAAAUACCGAAAAUGAAAGUGAAGCUGAAAGUAGAGAUUUACAAGAUGUGAAUACUGUUACCACCACUAUUAUACCAGUUUCUUUAAAUAGAAAACCCAAGGCACAAGAAAAUAUAACAAAAAAGAAAUGCAUGAUAAUGGGUAGAAUAUUUAAAAACGCCGCUAAAUCCAAAGUGGAAGAUAUUGACGAAGAAAUAAGGAGUAUACCGGCCAUCGCUAAUGAAGAAUUAGUUGAGAAUUACGUUAGGAGUCAAUCGACUUUAACAUUCGAUGAUGUAUCUGAUCAACAACUCGAUGUUGAUAGAGAACAAAAACAACCGGAAAAACCCAAAGUAGACAACAAAAAACAGGAAAAUAAAAAGAAAAUGAAAUUGAAAGGAAAGAAACGAGCUAGACCUAACUCGGAAUCGACUGAUGAUGAAUUCAGCUUAAAUAAAACAACGAAACGAAGAAGUAACAAAAAGAAUACAAAAGAAGAAGACAAUGUCAUUAAUUUAGAGCAAGAAUUGAAAGAGUGCAUAGGUGUAGCGAGUAGAAAGAGUCAAAGAAAAUGUACUUCCGGAAAACAAAACGUUUUAGUUGAAUACUGGAGUUCAGAUGAUUCUCAAUUCGAAGCACUAUUGGAAAAACAAAUUAUAGAAGUUAAACCAAGAGAAAAACCUAUUGAGAAACAAAUAAUUGAAACACCUACUGAACAACAGAAUGAAACUGUUGUAGAUGAAUUACCACCUGUAGAUAACAUUAAAAAACCAUUGGAAGUUAAGAAAGUGAAGAAGAAAUCUACAUCGGGAAAAAAGAAACCAAAAACCCAAGAAACGACUGUCGAUGGCGUUACGGUAAAUCGAAGAAAACGUGCAGCCGUUAACCCUCUUUACCAUUGGUCAAGUUCUUCUGAAGAUGAAGCCAGCGAUUUAAUAGAAAUAAAACCCUUAAGGGACGAACUCGAAGACGACGAAGAUAGACCUGUUCAGCAUGGAUGGAUAGUAGGGGACUCUCCUAAAAAAUUAGUGACCAUGUUGGCUCAGGCUAAGGGCAAAAAAUCCGAUAUAGACUGUGUAAAAGAACAAGGAAAAAAACGGACUAACACUGUUAGUUGACGGUAGUAUGUGAUUGUAUAAAUAUUUGUGCGGGGGACACGGUUUUUAUUGUUUUUGGAAAGCUCUCUGGAGGUGUGUGUCGGAAUAUCAUUGGUAAAUCAGUUGAACAUGACUGAUAUAUUAUUUAAAUGUUGAAAUUACCUAAAAAUAUAUACCAAAUUGAAACUUGGGGAUUGGGAUAAAUAUUUUUUGUUGUGGAUGUUACUGAGAUCAGGAUUCUUCGUUUUGUACAGCGUUAAUGAAGUUGAGGUAUAUAUUUUACUCGUAAUUUCAAUUUAUAUGUCACACAGACUAUUCAUAGUUUCAUUAUAAAUUACUUGUGCUAAAACUCCAGAAAAUGUACAGUUUAUCUUGACUAGCUGUAAGAUUUGAAAAAAAAAUCUUUUUUUUAAUUAAUCCUAAGGGGCAGCUUAACAAUGUGUACCUCUAAAUGUCAUUAUUAAUUCAUGUCGUAUAAAAUGGCACUAAAAUAUUUAGGUAUGAAAUUUUAUAUUAAUUGGUGGAAUUGGUCAUCCGUUACUUCAAAUUAACAUUUAAUUUUCGUGUUUUGGUUAAAAUUAAAAUUGCAUAAAAGCAGGUUUAAUUUUUUACUCAAUUUUUGCCACCUUAACAAAUACCCGAUAUCUUCAAUGAGAACUUAUCUGUCUCACCCAUAUUGUUCUUGUUGUAAUCUGUAGAUAUUUUUCUGGUCACUUUUUUUCUUAAAUUUCAUUUACCAUAUUAGCUCUGUAGUUUUGUAUGAAAAUAUAUCUUGAUUUACAAAAAAAUAACUUUGUACAUAUUAUAUAUAUAUAUGAUCUAUAUAUUUUUCUUUUGAUUAAAUUUGUAAAUUUAGCUUUGUUAAUAUACUACAAAAUAAAUGUAUGUAAUAAUUGUUAUCUACUUUAUUUCUCAUCAACUAUUGUUGAUUGGUUUACCUUUUUUGAAGAAUUUUGAGAAAAACAAGGGAAAAAGAUUUUGGUAAAUUUAAUGAUUUGAAUAACACCUUUGACAAAUACAUCUCAGUUGAGGUUGAAUAUUUCGUAAAGUAACAUGGGUCAUCUUUUUGUUUCAAGGAGAUAUGAAGUGCUCGACACUAACAGUCUUGUUUGUAUCUACCUCUUUCUGUGGAACCAGAGUAAAGUGAAAGCAACUUUGAAAUAUCUGGUGCCUUUUAAAAAUGUUGACAAGUAAGACUUUUUCAACUAACCUGUUUAUGUAGCUUGUGACACAAUAAGAGCUCUACACCUAUCUCUCUUCUAUGUUGGAAUUUCUGGAAUCGUUGGUGAUAUUCGUACUGAACACACUGUUUACACCAACACACACGAUUACAAUAUAUGACGCGCGUUUCGAUAACCAAGUUUACCUUCAGUCUCUAAAGAAGAUAACUUGGUAUCAGACAGUGAAAUUGUGAGUAUUGGUGUAAUGGUAAUGUAAAUAGUGUUGUCAGUACCUAUCUCUCAUGUUUAAUAUAUUAAUGUAUAUUUCAAUUUUUUUCUCUUAAAUAAAAAAUAAUAUUGGAGCUGUUGAAAUUAGUUUGGCGACCUUUAUUAGAGAUAUUUGUUUAAAAUGAAAUGUGGAUUGAUUUCAAUUGAAAAGUUUAUACAAGAAAAUUGAAUGUUAGAAAUUUGAAAAGGAUGACUUUGCUUAGUAUGAUUCUUCAGUUGCGUUCUUAUUUUUAUUUUAAUCAUGGAAAUGAUUGAAUUAGAAGUGAUUAUAUUUUUGUUAAUUUUGAUAACUAAACUUAUAUUUUUGUUUUAUAAUUUUACAAAUACUUUUGGUUGUAGCUGCCAAUGUUGCCAUUUUUUUAUGAAAAUAUAAGCUGAUUUGUAUAAAACAAUUUUGUUAGUGUUUUUACUAUUUUUCAUUCGAUUUUUGUAAUUACUUUUUUUAUUUGUAGCAUAAUGUGUUCAUAAUAUGUAGAGAUUUUUUUAUUAUGGUAGCAGUUUGCAAGAUUACCCAUUAUACCAACAAUUAUUUUAUAUAAAA